ACGAUAGAAUUACCAUAUGACCCGGCAAUCCUGCUACUAGGUAUAUGCACAAGAGAACUGAAAGCAGGGACUUAAAACAGAUAUUUGGCUCUUUCCGUGCCUAGUGCAGCCAUGGCUCGUGGUCCAAAGAAGCAUUUGAAGCGUGUAGCACCUCCAAAGCAUUGGAUGCUGGACAAACUGACUGGUGUGUUUGCUCCUCAUCCAUCCACUGGUCCCCAUAAGCUGAGAGAAUGUCUCCCUCUCAUCAUCUUCUUAAGGAACAAACUUAAGUAUGCCCUGACAGGAGAUGAAGUAAAGAAAAUCUGUAGGCAGCGGUUCAUAAAGAUUAAUGGCAAGGUCCGAACUGAUAUAACUUAUCCUGCUGGUUUUAUGGAUGUCAUCAGCAUUGACAAGACAGGAGAGAAUUUCCGUCUGGUUUAUGAUACCAAGGGUCACUUUGCUAUUCAUCAUAUUAUGCCUGAGGAGGCCAAGUACAAGUUGUGCAAAGUGAGGAAAAUCUUUGUAGGCACAAAAGGAAUCCCUCAUCUGGUGACCCAUGUUGCCCGUACCAUCUGCUACCCUGAUCCCCUCAUCAAGGUGAAUGACACCAUUCAAAUUGAUUUGGAGACGGGCAAGAUUACCGAUUUCAUAAAGUUCGAUACUGGUAAUCUGUGUAUGGUGACUGGAGGUGCUAAUCUGGGAAGAACUGGUGUGAUCACCAACAGAGAGAGACAUCCUGGCUCUUUUGAUGUGGUUCAUGUGAAAGAUGCUAAUGGCAACAGCUUUGCCACCCGGCUUUCCAAUAUUUUUGUUAUUGGCAAAGGCAACAAGCCAUGGAUUUCUCUUCCCCAAGGAAAAGGUAUCCGCCUCACAAUUGCUGAAGAGAGAGACAAGAGACUGGCUGCCAAACAGAGCAGUGGGUGAAAUGAUCUUUAGGUGAAAUGGAUGGAGAACUCUUUGUGGUUAAUAAUAAAGCAUGAUUAAUUGCCUUCUGGGUGAUUAUUAA